UUAGUUUUUGUAAUCAUAACAAAAAGAUUCAUAAUUUAGAAUGUUAUCCUCAACUGAUAUAGAAUACUUUCUAAAAUUCUGAUGAAAAAAAAAAACUAAAUUAUUUUUUUCUGCAUUCAGCAAAUAACGUUUUUCCUGCCGUUAGAUGAUGAACACCAGAUCCGGUGAUACUGGCCGUACCCAAGGUCACGGGUUUUACCUCCAUCUUUGCCUCCAUUUGUGGAGUGUACCGAAAUAAAGGACACACUGCCCUAGCUGCACAGAAACAGUCACAAUAAUGACAGAAACUCAGGUAGAAGGAACCCUAACCGGGUUGGGUGUCACCAAACCCCAGACUAUGGGAAAACGUAAACAGUACGAGGCUGGCACAAAAACAGACGCGAGCCCAGUACCAAAAAGGCUAAAAGAAUCCAAAACGUCCAAAAAGAAACCAGUGAAGGGCAAGAAGGAACCAGUACGGCGUAAAGAGAAAGAUGCAAAGCCGGAAAGCGAGAAGAAGCCCCAGAAAAAAAUCAAGUCAAAAGUCUCGGAGCACAGGGCGUCUACGGUGACAGAAGAAGAGGUGGAGGAAGGGCAGCCGGAAGGCGGGGAGGAUGACCUGAGUCCAGAGGAGAGGCGCGUUUUGGAGAGAAAGAUGAAGAAGCUACGCAAUAAGGAGGAGAAGAAGAGGCUGAAAACAGAGGGGAAGACGGUGAAGAAGCAUGAGAUGGAGAAGGCCUCAGCCACCCAGCUGGCCCUGGAGUAUCUCACAUGCUGGUCUGAGAAGCGCGCGGAAUGGAAGUUCCAGAAAACGAGGCAGACGUGGCUGCUGCAGCACAUGUUCGACACGGAGAAGAUCCCGGAGGAACACUUUGCGGUGCUGCUGACCUACCUGGAGGGGCUGAGAGGGAGUGCACGGGACACCACAGUGCAGAAGGCAGAGGCCCUGGUGCGGGAGCUGGAGGGGGAGGGGGCGCAGCAGAGCGGCGGCCAGCAGAGGGCGCAGAGGGCCAGGGAGGUCGUCCAGCUGCUGUCCUGAUGCAGCCCAGUAUAACCUUCACACCCUGGGGUUCUGUUGGCCAGCUAACAGGAGUGCCUGGAUCACAUCUCCAGCUGGCCUUUGGGUGGCUUUCAGUGCUACAUGUAGAGAGCAGCUCAGUCCAGUAUAACUUGCAGCAUAUGAUAGUCAGUCUUUCACUGUGCACCUGAACCUUUGUGAGGUAUACACGAUUAUGUUCAGUAGCCAAUACAAGAGGAACGGUGGUUCCACCCAUUUGUCAAAUUCAGUCAACAGACGUGAACCAGAAUCCCUUAUUUAAGUUGAUGGAAACCUAAAGCAACCAACCAGUAGCAGAUAUCAACUUGCAGCAUGUAGUGACACCUGUCAGCUUUAUGCUAGGGUUUUCUGGGGUAAAAACAAGGCCUGUCAAAAGAUCAUUCAUUUUUUAGCUUAGUUAAAAUUAGUUAGAAGUUCUGCAUCUCUUGUGUGUUAUAUAUUUAUAUAUGAAUUAAUCUCACAUAGAAGAUUUUGUGAAAUGCAGCAGUCAUUUCCUCCACCUGACGCGUCCCCCAAAUGAGACUGGUGCGAUUGCCUGUCCAAAAGUUCUCUGUGACUGCACUGACCAUCACAAUGCUCUCCAGUUAACAAAAGGGGAAAGAUCGUUAUUACCAACUAUAUACAUCAUGUUGUCUCAAUUUUCCUUUCUAUGUGGCUAAAGGGUUUUGAAAAGACAUCUAUUGUACAUGAAAUAAAAGCUUUGAAGAACAA